UAUUAUUUCAGUGACUGUGGCAAGCAGGCAAAUAACAAGAACCUGUGAUGACACGUGGCAGUAUGAUCUCUUAAUCACACCAUCUGGAGUCUAAGUUGUACGGAAGAAACUGGCGUACAGCAUCCCCUAUUUGUUGCAAGAAAAUGCACAUGCAACUUGGAGACAAAGCAUACAUCUUGAUUGUACUACUUCACAUUGUAGCAGCAGUCUUCACUCAAGAGAACGGGAGACGCAUCGUGUAUCCAGAGUUAUUUCGGAGCCGAGAAUCAGACGGUGGCCGAAUCCUGAAGAUUACCGAUGGCAUUCUGCUUAAGCUUAAAAAGAGUUCGGUUUUCGCAAGAGAAUUUCUCGUGCGUACAUACAGCGAUGGCAUACCCAUGCAUACCUAUGUAAAUGAGCGGGCCUUAUCUUGAGGAUGAUCUUUACCACGACGAAGCGUCGAUGGCGUCUGUUACUGUCUCCGAGGACAGCGGCGUUAAAGUGGAAGGCAUUGUCACUCCGAAAAUGCGUAUCGUACCACUCUUGACACAGGAACGCAGUGCAGACGGCCGUAUUGCGCACGAACUAAUCGAAAUUCCGGAUGAUCUAUCAAGCGACCAUAAAGACUAUGAUUUGGCUGCUUCUAAACUCACGCGAGACAUAACUGGAGCUCGUAAUCAAAGUAUUCAAGUGACAGAACGCUUGGCGGACACAGUAUAUCCUGAGCUUUUUAUUGUUGUGGACACUGCCUUUGCAGUGGUUUUCAGCAGUACAGAAAAAAUCAUUAAAUAUGUAUCAAUAUCAGUAAAUGCUAUGAAUCUCAGGUACUUGGGAAUUACCGAUCCGAAAGUGAAGCACCGACUGAUUGGACUGGAGGUCACAACAACUGAGCAAGAAUGGUUUCUCCGAAGGGUAACUGCCGACCGAAGAUAUGUCCACGCACAGGGAACCCUUGCUUCUUUCCAAACGUACAUAACGCAGAACAGGCAGCUGUAUAAUAAUGCUGACCUUGUGUACCUUUUAACCGG